AUGUUCCAGAUCUGCGAGGAGCUCAACACACCGCUGAUACCUCACGUCAAGAAGUGGACAGGACACAGGGGACAGUGGCGCUAUCUGAUGUCACAUAACUCAGGACAGGAUGAAGAGUACCUGGGCUUUAUAUAUGAUGCUAGUCAAGAGAUUGAAGUAGUCAGAUCCUCACUUGUGCAAACUGGGAACUCUGCGGCCUGCCCAUUCAUGGUACAUUUUAAGGUAAAGCAGCACCCCCUGGUGUCCAUUAAUGUCCACAAUCCCUGCUCAACAGACCAGACGAGAUUACACUCUGAGAUUAUGUCUACUUUGCCAUCUAUCCUGGAAACACUGGAACAAAAGUCCCCUGGAACAAAGGAUGUCAUAAUACUGGGGAAUUUUAAUCUGGGACCUGGUGCUAAAGAAUUCUCCUUGUUAAAAGACAAUGGAUACGUUCACACAGUGGCAGAGGGGUGCUUCACUGAUAUCAGCCUGGAGAACAUGGCAGGUGCUGCCACCUGUGACAACAUCUGGCUCAGCAAGCAGGCACAGGCUGGCUACACAGGUCACUCUAAGGUGGUCAGAGAGGGUUUGACCAGUGUGUGGAUCCCCAAUGGCUGGGCCUGGGGCGGUCUUGCCACUGACCACUGUCCAGUCUGGGCAGAAUUUUAUACAGACAGUAGUGUGGGUCUGGAAGAUGUAGAUUUGAUAGAGAGAUGAUGAUGAGGAGGAUCAUCAGGAGGAAGAUCACGAGGAUGGCCAGUCACCAAAAGAUUUUCAAUGACAACAGCCUAUUCAUGGCUGAAUUUCACUUGGACAGAAGAGUUGGACUUUGAGGAUCCAAAAUUGAUGACCACUGACCGAUCAAGGUCGAGAUCUACGUGGACAGAAAAACUGGACUUUCAGGAUCCAAAAUUGCUGGUUGCUGUAAAAUUGUCGCCAACUACUGUCCAAUAUUGAAUGAGGAAUUUACAACCUUGGACCUUGAAGUUUUAGAUGGCAUAAAUAUAUUUUGCACUGAAAGGUUGUUUUUAGUUUGACUGACUGUAUUGCUGUAUUUGGCCUCUAAAACUAUAUAUAUAUAUAAAGAGAGAUGAUGGAGUCAUACUAGUGCCAUUUUGGUUUUAAACAGAUGACACUCUUUUCACAAAAUUCUGUCAUGAUUUCUUCAAAAAUUGAGCAAAUAAACCAAACAAAUGGUCAAUAAAAUAUUAUUUUGGGCACUUGUUGAAAUUUUGGUACAAAAUAAUGGUAUGAGCCUGGAGACCAAUUUAAAAGACACUUGUUAGAUACAACAUACAUUUAACAUUACUUGAACUGUUCUAUACUUAAGAGCAACAGUGGUAGAUUUAGCAGCACAGUAAGUAAAAACUUAUUUAUUUCAAACAAAACUCACUUUUAAGAUACAUUUCUCCUAGGCAAAAUUUUCUUAGUAAUUCAGAAAAAAAGCUGAAUCAUAAUUUCUGAAAGUGUGUAUGAUUUUGUGAGUAACAAAGAGGUCAAAUAACGGAAAGCUAAAGCACUGGAGUUCGUGUAAAAUUUGGAUUUAAAUUCCAUGUACGUCUUGGUUAACAUGCAGUUAAAAGGCUAAAUACCAGACUAGGUUUGAAUUCAGGAGGUCAGUGUUUGUGAAGGAUUGUACUUAUAUAUUAGAUUUAAAUUUGCUAGUGGCCCAUGUCAGGAAGUCACUGUUAGUUAAAGAUAGAAGUCUAGUAUUUAGAUAGCCAUUUGCUAGAAUUACCCGUGCAAUGAGAAGCCAUAAGCUAAGGAAGACUAAAUGAAGCUGGACCCUGGUCAUCUAUAUCUGUCAGUAUGCCAUGGGACUUAUUGUCAAGUGCUAAGUGAAAAGUAAUGUCAGGGAAUUUUAUCUACAGUGCGCAACUAGGGUCUGAAGAAUGUUUUUUUAUGAAGGCCAGUGUUUCUUUAAUAAGCUUUGGAAUAACACUAAUUUAAUUGCCUGUGAAGAAAAAAGCCAGAAAGAGUUGUUUCUUAAUGAAGUUUCUCUUAUUGUAUGGUUGAAUCCC